CCACUCUUUAGAACGGAAGAAGAAGACAACACGGAUGUAGAACUGGGAGAGCGAUUUUUUUUUUUUAAACAUUUAACAUUAACUUCCUCGUAGACUUGAUAGGUGAAUACAACCUGAGAGGAACAGGCUCGUUUGACAAUAAUAAUACCACAAGUCUUCAAAGAAUGUCUAAAUUACAGUCUUUGAAUUCGUUUCUUUCUGAGUGUUUGACGGCGGCGACAGUGGAGAUUUUGGGGGCAGUUGAGAAAGUCGUAACUGAGUACCAGGAGGAGAUCUCACGAUCUAAAGAGGAGAAUGAUCGUCUACGGAGACUACUUGGGAUCACACCGGGUAUAAAACGAUGUACACCAGACUCCCAGCAGCUCUCUAUCCCUGUCUCUGAAGAAGAGUUUCCCCCUGAGCAAAAACACUGUGAGCAGGAUUGGUGCCCUAGUCUGGGACAAGAGGAACCAGGGAACAUACUGAUUAAAGAGGAACUGAGGACCAGUCAGGAGGAAGAGCAGUUUCAGGGGCCGGAGGGUAAUACCAUAGAGUUUAUAUUUAGUUCUCCCUGUGUGAAAAGUGAAUGGGAUCAGGAAGCCAUCAGCCACUGCUCAGCUGUAAUUAGUGACCAAGUAAACAGUCCACCAUUGGAUCCCGAACCACCAUUGGGGGCAUACUGUUCUAAACUCAGCACCAUGUCUAAAGAAUCUCACUGCUGCUGUGACUGCGGCAAAGUGUUUGCUCUAAAAGCUGACCUUCAGAGGCAUGUGACUCUCGCCAGGGAAAGACCCAUUGAAUGCCCCUACAACUCCACCAGUAAACUGAAGGCCAAUGUCCCACUCUGUCACGGUGGGAACCCCUGCCUUGUUUGUGGCAAGACCUUUAAAAACAAAGCACAUCUAUCCCAGCACAUGAUGAUUCAUACACGGGAGAGGCCAUUUAGCUGUGCCGACUGUGGAAAAUGCUUCCAUCGCAAGGGGCUGCUGAAUGUGCAUAUACAGACUCAUAAAGGAGAGAAACCAUUUAGCUGUGGAUACUGUGGGAAAAGCUUCUAUCAGAAGGGGAACCUAACCCAACAUGUACGUACUCACACAGGAGAGAAACCAUUUAGCUGCGGUAGCUGCGGAAAGAAAUUCAGUCGAAAAACACAUCUGAACAGGCAUAUCCAGACUCACGCGGGUAAAAAAACAGCACAGCUGUUCUGUGUGUGGUAGAAGAUUUGCUGAGAAUGCUUACCUGCUGAAACAUGUGGAUAAAGUCCACAAAUAACAAAAACAGAACCCAAACAGAAUGGCGAAAGACGGUGAGGACACAGACAUCUUACGUCAGAGGAUGGGACUAAAAAUGCAGGAUGUGGACAAAACUCGUAGGAAAGCAACACCACACUGGAUCAUUCAUGCUGUUGGUUUCAAAUGAAUAGAUGUAGACUGUUUAAACAUUAGCCUAUUAACAAUUAGAUUGUUUUGGAAUGUCUGAGCCACAGUGAAGAGAAAAUGAUCAGACUUAUGUUCAUACAGAAAACUUUUCAGAAAAUCCUAUCCUUGAAUUUGAGUGUUUCGCUAUCCAAUUUGACCUGAUGGUCUAUUCUGACCUAAUGCUGCUCAUCCGUGAUAUUGCAGCAACCUUAAAGUUGAAAUCCGUUGUGGUGAAACUUCCACGUACGUUUGUGAUAUAACAACAAAGAUGUUACUUCAAACAACAGUUAUGUUUUUCUCUGACAUCAUUGCACGCGUGAUAGAACAGCAGAGUAUGUACUACUUUUUACAUUUUUUUUAAAUUAUUCUUAAAAAAAAAUUAUUACUAAACAAAAAUUAUAACAAAUGUGCCUGGGGUGAUCAAUGGUUCUGUUUUUUGAGGAUUUCAGCUUUAACCCAACACCUGGUCUAGAGCUUGGGACCUCUUGGCCCUAACGGUUAAGGUGUUGGCUUGACCGUUGCUAGACCUGGGUUCGAAUCCCGGUUGGGGCAACCACCCAGAUUUGCUACAAUAUCAUUGUGUAGCAAAGGCUCUUAUGCCCCUUUAACUAUACACUCCUAUGCGUGCACCUGUAACCGGUUCCCUUGUUAAAUACCUGGGGUGUAUUCGUUACAUCUUGCAAUGGAAACCGAGCAAAUGGUUCCACUGGAUAUCAUAAGGUGAAUGCACCAAUUUGUAAGUCGCUCUGGAUAAGAGUGUCUGCUAAAUGACGUAAAUGUAAAUGUAAUGUAAAUGGAACGAAACAGAGAGGGACCUACUUAAUUUGUCUAAUAGAAACACUUGUUUUCAUUGCAAAACGGUUACUUUGCAACAGAAAACGUUUUGAAACAGAAUCGGCGUAAUGAAUACACCCCUGGGUUCCUUUGUCUUUUGUUUCAAGUAGAACUGACAGCGUUUUAGCAACAUGACAUUUCAUAAAAAUCUGUUCAUAUACACCCCCAGGAAAAUGACACCUUUAAAAUAAACAUUUCUAAUAUUCUGACAAGCGAGCACUUAGAUAUGGUAAUUCAUAUAAUGCCUGGGAUGUAUAGUACGACGUUUGUGAUAAUUCUUUAGCAAUAUAGAGUGGGAAAUCAGCUGUGUGUUUGGACAAUUAAGACACUGCACUAAAUUAAACCUAAUAAAAACAUCUGUCUAGGACCAGAGUUUUACGCAGACCGGUGCGCCAUAGCCAAUCAGAGCUAUAGUAGACCUGUAUGCAAAUAUGUCGUUAGCCACACGGGCCUGCCAUCCUUCACUUUGAACUGGACUGUGUGUUUACAUGUAGUAGCAACAGUGCAACUUUAGAUCAUUAGAACGUAUUCGCCCAAAAGCCACAAAAUACACCUGAAUGGAUUUCUGCAAAUAUGUAAACACCACGGGAGUCCUCUUCCAUUUGGGAACUUCAGUCCUAUUGAUCAAACAACCAUGAAAAGGUAGGCUCUCUCUCCCUCAGUUAUGCACAUCAACAAAACCAACAACUAAUGCUAUUGUUAGCGAGAGAAGCUCAAAUCUAACGAGGAAACCUUAGAUAAACCCUCUCAAACUUGUUAAGCUAGUUGGCCAUCAAACCUCCACUGAAACGAUGGGGAAUAGUAGCCUGCUCGUCCUUCUGCAGCUUGCCUGCCAAUGCAUGCUUGUUCCAAACCAGGUUUUGAGAUCUGAAUGGGAACUUGCCUGUCUGCCCGCCCGUUUGAUCAACGCCAAAUACGUCAUUUGGUUGACAACUAGGAGAUAUGCUAACUGUGGAUAAGUUCAAGUUCAGCUUAGCUAGCUAGCAAAGCAAUUUCAAUUUGUUUUUCUAACUAAAUAACACCUGCAUCUCUAGCUGUAGCCACUGAGAAACAAUAAGGGGGGAAAAGUCAGUCACUCACCCACUCCUCCAAUGGCAAGACAUCCUCCCAGCAGCUAGCUGGUUAGCGUUAGGCUCUGUGUUUUUAGCUUGCUAAAUAAAUAGCUAGCUACAUAAAUACAAGGAAAAAAAAUAUAAAUGCUACAUGCAACAAUUUCAAAGAUUUUACAGAGUUACAGUUAAUAUUAUAAAAUCAGUCAAUUGAAAUAAAUGUAUUAGGUCCUAAUCUAUGGAUUUCACGACUGGGAAUACUGAUAUGCAUCCCGUUGGUCACAGAAACCUUAAAAAAAACAAGUAGGGGCGUGGAUCAGAAAACCAGUCAGUAUCUGGUGUGACCACGAUUUGCGACACAUCUUCGCAUUGAGUUGAUCAUGCUGUUGAUUGUGGCCUUUUGAAAUGUUGUCCCACUGCUCUUCAAUGGCAGUGCGAAGUUUCUGUAUAUUGGCGGGAACUGGAACACACUGUUGUGCACGUCGAUCCAGAGCAUCCCAAACAUGAUCAAUGGGUGACGUGUGGUGAGUAUGCAGGCCAUGGAAGAAUUGGGAGGUUUUCAGCUUCCAGGAAUUGUGUACAAAUCCUUGCGA